CUCUGGUCCCUCCCAUUCCUGCAGCCCUCCAGUGCUGCUGGCCUGAGAUGGGAGCGCACACAGCGGCGGCACCGUCACGGCCGAAAAAACGGGAUAAACCUGAAAAGAGCAGAAAAAAGUACCUUUGAAAAUGGGAUAACGAAAACAAUUAUUUUACUUAAACCGGGUCACGUCGCUUGAUCGAGUCCUCUGAACAACUCAGAUGUUGUCUUCGCUUGUGUUUUGCGCUUUUUAUCCUUUCUCCUUGAGCGCCGCUGGUACAAAGGCGCCUGGUCUGGAGCAGCACCUGGGAUUACGGCCGUAUGAACGGGCGAGAGCGACCGGACCUGCUGCCACGAAAGAACCCGGAUUGGUAAACACAGACAGUGAGUAACCCUAGCAGGAUCAGAACACGUUUCUUCUUCCCCCCACCCCCCUCCUCGGGAUCCAGAUCCCAGUGUCACCCCGCGAGGACAGAUGCUGUCAUUGUGUCGAAGCUGAGAUUUAAAAAAGAAAAAAAAAAGAAAUCUUCUGAAAGUGUUUUUUUCCUGGAAUAAUGCAUGACAAAGACAAGCGCUAUUGCCGCUUUUUAUUCCUUUUUUAUGCCUCACACAUUCCCAGCUUUUCCUGUGGCUAAACAGCCGGGUUCUCUUGUUCAGAAUGGGAUGUAUUGUUGCAUCUGCGCAGCCCACGACAAGUGUCAGCAAUUAGACUGUGUGUUUCUUAACGGGUUCCCCAAAGGCCUGUUUUAAACACUGUCACUGCUUUCUAACUGCAGGUGGCCAUUGUUGUCGAUAACUGUCGCAAAACUGUACUAAAAAAGGACUAACGGUGCGCCCUUGGCUUCAUUCACCUUGUGUGUGUGUGAGCCGGGGUCGGUCAUAGAAGUAAAUUAGGCACAAUAUGGUGGAGCCGGUGGGAUUUACCGAGGCGUGGAAAGCGCAAUUCCCGGAGUCCGAGCCUCCCAAAAUGGAGCUGCGAUCUGUCGGAGGCAUCGAGCAGGAGCUGGAGAAGUGCAAAGCGUCCAUCCGGCGCCUGGAGCAGGAGGUGAACAAGGAGCGCUUCCGCAUGAUCUACCUGCAGACCCUCCUGGCCAAAGAGAGGAAGAGCUACGACAAGCAGCGGUGGGGCUUCAGGAAGACGCCACUGAACGAAGGGAUGGGGAUGGACCCUGCGACCACACAAGGCGCGGAGUGCCACUCCCAGCAGCCGCACAUGCAGGAGACUGGUGGAGUUGGAGUAGUAGGGGUAGUUGGUGGAGGGUAUGUUGGUGGGGAUAGGAGCCGUUAUCAGCCUCUUGGAGAUGGAGCCGGAAGGUCCAAACCCAGGCCUCCGCCAGCAAGGAAGUCAGCCUCCCACGGAGACGGCUUGGAGUCAGCCUUUGAGGUACCCCAGCAGGCUGAGUCCAUGUCUUGUGAAAACCUAGAUGGCCUCUCGCCAUCCAAGCAGAGGGGGGGCAUCUCCGUCUCCCCUCGCAGACUCAACCUUCCGCCCCAAGACAAGGAACUGACACUGUCCUCCGACCCCAAGGACAAGUUGGGGAUGGGACUUGGCGUGGCAGCUCUUAGAUCCAACUUUGAGAGGAUCAAACGGGCCAACUCUCAUUCUGCGGGGGAUGUAGCAAAGGGCCAGGAGAAGCAGCUGCCGCCGCCACCACCACCCUUUUACUCCAACAUGGAAUUCCACCACGAGAGAGGUCUGAUCAGGGUCAACGACCGUGAGGUCUCUGACAAGAUCAGCUCCCUGGGCAGCCAGGCCAUGCAGAUGGAGCGAAAGAGAUCUCUUCACUCCCUCCCGGGUAACCUGGCCACAGUGGCAGGGGAGCUGCGCGCCAGGCCUGUAUACAGAGGCCGGUCCACUGAGAGCACCUGUGGCUAUGAUGCCGAAUAUGAAGACGGGGAACCCAACCAGCGACAUUUAGGGAGGGCCAAUGGUGGCAAACCUCCACCCCCUCCUUGGCAGCCCUCCGAGUUCCAGGCCUACUCCAGUGUUUAUGUCGGUGGGGUGAUGAUGGGUGAAGGUGGCGGUGGAGACGGGCGAGGUGGCGGUGGCGGUGGAAGUGGUAGUGGAGUCCCAGUGAGAGACCUCGGGGGAGGUGAUGACCACCUCCUGACCUGGCCGCGCCGUUCCUACUCCCCGGGGAGCUUUGAGGAUGUCGGCGGAGGCGGCGGCGGCUACACGCCGGACUGCAGCUCCAACGAGAACCUGACGUCCAGCGAGGAGGACUUCUCCUCGGGUCAGUCCAGCCACGUCUCACCCAGUCCGACCACGGCCUUCCGCCGGCCCUUUAGAGAGAAGAGCCGCUCUCCGUCCCAAAACUCCCAGAACUCCCAGCACUCCUUUGACAGCAGCAGUCCUCCGACGCCACAGUCCCAGAAGCGUCACCACCGGCAGCAGGGAGGCCACGUGGUCAUGUCUGAAGCCACUAUUGUGAGCGUUCGCAAGACCGGUCAAAUCUGGCCACCUGCUGCCCAUCAUGACCUCGUGCCCCAUGGUAGAACAUCCCAUGACAACAGUUUCCAUGGAGACCACCUAGAUGGUCAUUUCACCGGGACCCCUCCCACGUACGGUUACGAUGCCGACCGCGCAGAGGAGCAGCGGAGGCACCACGACAUCCUGCCAUACAUCGAUGACUCGCCGUCAUCAUCGCCGCACCUCAGCUCCAAGAGCCGCAGCAGUCGGGACACACUCUCCUCUGGAUCCUUAGAGUCCUCCAAGUCGACUGAAUGUGACCUGGAAAAAGGUUUGGAGAUGAGGAAGUGGGUCCUGUCUGGGAUCUUGGCCACUGAGGAAACAUACCUCAGUCACCUGGAGGCACUGCUGCUGCCUAUGAAGCCUCUGAAGGCCGCAGCUACAACGUCGCAGCCUGUGCUUACCGUGGCCCAGAUAGAAACAAUCUUCUUCAAAGUGCCUGAGCUCUAUGAGAUCCACAGGGAGUUCUAUGACGGACUUUUGCCCCGCGUCCAGCAGUGGAGCCACCACCAGAGAGUCGGCGACCUCUUCCAGAAACUGGCUAGCCAGCUUGGAGUCUACCGAGCAUUUGUGGAUAACUACGAACUGGCUGUGGAGACGGCGGAGAAGUGUUGCCAGGCUAACACACAGUUUGCUGAAAUCUCCGAGAACCUAAAGGUGAGGAGCCCCAAGGAUUCUAAGGACCAGACGGCCAAAAACUCUCUAGAAGCAUUACUAUAUAAACCGGUGGACAGAGUGACUCGCAGCACGUUGGUACUUCAUGACUUGCUCAAACACACGCCCACCAGCCACCCGGACCACCCGCUUCUGCAGGACGCCUUGCGGAUCUCCCAGAAUUUCCUCUCCAGCAUCAAUGAGGAGACGACGCCCCGACGGCAGUCUAUGACUGUUAAGAAGGGAGAGAGCCGUCAGCUUCUGAGGGACAGUUUCAUGGUGGAGUUGGUGGAGGGAGCCAGGAAGCUGCGGCAUGUCUUCCUUUUUACUGAUCUGCUGCUCUGUGCCAAACUGAAGAAACAGAUCGGAGGUAAAAACCAACAGUAUGACAGUAAGUGGUACAUCCCCCUGACUGAGCUGACCUUCCAGGGCCCCGAGGAGACCGAGCCACUUUCCAUCCCCCAGGUUCCCGAUGAAGAGCUUGACGCCAUGAAGGUCAAGAUCUCACACCUCCGCAGCGAGAUUCAGAGAGAGAAGAGAGCCAACAAGGGUUCAAAAGUCAUCGACCGUCUCAGGAAGAAGCUGUCUGAACAGGAAUCUCUGCUCCUGUUAACGUCUCCGAGCAUGCCCAUCAGAGUCUACAACAAGAAUGGCAAGAGUUAUAGUUUCCUGAUUUCGUCUGACUAUGAACGUGCAGAGUGGAGGGAGUUAAUGAAGGAGCAGCAGAAGAAAUGUUUGAAAACUUCGUCCUUGACUUCCAUGGAGUUGCAAAUGUUAACCAACUCCUGUGUCAAACUGCAGACUGUCCACCACAUUCCACUUAGCAUUAACAAAGAAGAGGAUGAAUCCCCCGGUCUCCAUGGGUUUCUGAAUGUAAUUGUCCACUCUGCCUCUGGCCUCAAACAGAGCUUGAAUCUCUACUGCACAUUGGAGGUGGAUUCCUUUGGCUUCUUUUCAAAUAAAGCCAAGACGAGAGUGUACCGAUACACUACUGAACCCAAAUGGAACGAGGAGUUUGAGAUUGAGCUGGAGGGCUCUCAGACCCUGAGACUGCUCUGCUAUGAGAAGUGUUACAACAAGACCAAGCAGAACAAAGAGGAUGGAGAGAGCACAGAUCGCAUCAUGGGGAAAGGACAGAUCCCGCUUGACCCUCCAACUCUCCAAGGCAAAGACUGGCAGAGAACGGUUAUUCCCAUGAACGGGAUUGAGGUUAAACUCUCCAUUAAGUUCACCAGCCGAGAGUUCAGCCUGAAGAGGAUGCCCUCGCGGAAACCCAUGGGUGUGUUUGGAGUCAAGAUCACCACAGUGACCAAGCGAGAGCGCUCCAAGGUGCCCUACAUUGUCCGUCAGUGCCUAGAGGAGAUUGAAAGGAGGGGUAUGGAGGAGGUGGGCAUCUACCGAGUAUCAGGGGUGGCCACUGACAUCCAGGCGUUGAAGACUGCCUUUGACACCAAUCAUAAAGAUGUGUCAGUGAUGAUGAGUGAGAUGGACGUCAAUGCCAUUGCUGGGACCUUGAAGCUGUACUUCAGAGAGCUGCCAGAACCGCUCUUCACUGACGAGCUUUACCCCAAUUUUGCAGGCGGCAUCACCCUGUCUGACAGUGUUGCCAAAGAGAGCUGUAUGUUGAACUUACUGCUGUCGCUGCCAGAACCCAACUUGGUCACAUUCCUUUUCCUAUUGGAUCACCUGAAGAGGGUGGCAGAGAAGGAAAACGUCAACAAGAUGUCUCUCCACAACCUGGCAACGGUGUUUGGUCCGACCUUGCUGAGGCCUUCUGAGAAGGACAGUAAAAUCCCCGCUAAUCCCACCCAACCCAUCAGUAUGGGGGACAGCUGGUCGCUUGAAGUCAUGGCCCAGGUCCAGGUGUUGCUGUAUUUCCUCCAGCUGGAGACGAUCCCCACCCCAGACAGUAAACGACAGAGCAUCCUCUUCUCCACUGAAGUAUAGAGCUAACAUUGACUCUGCCAACUUGACGAUUUAACUAUGAAGGAGUGAAAAAGAGACCGAGCGUGGCUCAAAGUGAGCCUAUAGUAGUAUGUUUUUGAAUUGACUGACCAGAUUCCGUUACGCGCUCAGCUGGGAAGGAUUGUCUGGGGCAAUGCCUGCCCCCCUCAAACACAAGAGGGCGCCAUUGGACCUCUGAAGCUCCUAGGACAUGAGGUCCUUGUCGUUUAUAUCUGUCAUUACCUGAUAUUUGAUAUGAUUUCUUCUACCUUUAGUGAUAAUGCGGGAAUGUCUGCCAUCUAAAUUUCUUUGUUGGUCGUAACAUUGACCCUUUACAGCGGUGUAGACAGUUGUGGUUCAAAAACAACAUCAAGGAGUUGUCAAAAUCAAUCCAUAAGAGAACA